AUGAACGAAGCUCAGGUGUUCUUCAUGGGCAUGGUGUACGGGCAGUACCUGGCCGGUGGCGUGGGCGCGCCACCCGGCGGCGGCGGCGGCGAGGACCCGAAACGUCCGUGGCGUCCCAUGUCGUCACACGAGGCGGACGCCGUCCCGGCGGCGGCGCAGCAGCGCAAGAAGAAAGCGGCGUCCCGCAACCGCAGCAAGAACGAGUCCGGGGACGGGCCUCACCCUUGCCCCGUCUGCGACCGCCGCUUCGACUGCCGCAAGGCCGUGCACGGGCACCAGCGCAGCCACCCGGAGCGCGCCUGGCGCGGCAUGGCGCCGCCGGCCGAGCUGCCGGUGGUUGCCGUGACCGCUGACGGGAGACAGCUGCGCUACGCGUGCGAGCGCUGCGGGGGCCAGUUCGAGACGCGCCAGGCGCUCGGCGGCCACCGCGCCAGCCACAGCGGCAGGCUCGGCUGCUACUGGCUCUCCAAGCAGCACCAGGACAGGCCGGCGCAGCAAGUCGUCAUGCCCUUCGAUCUGAACGAGCCAGCCGUGCCGCCAUCACCGGAGCAGCAGCCGGAGGAUCAGGAGGGGAACGAGAAAGAGAAGGAGGAGUAG